AGAAACAAAACCAACAAACCCACACACCAAAAACACAACAGAUCAGAUCAUAGUAUCCUACUUAUGAUUUGACACCAGAAAAUAUUAUACACAACGUGGAAGCUAAUCUCGAAGCAGAGGAAGAUCGAUGCAAAUGAAGAAAGGAUCUUCUGCUGAUGCUGCUCAUGGUCCAACCAAAAUCGGAUUCAACAAAGAUUCCCUCACAAAAAUAUCCAAACCCAAGCCCAAGAUUCGGAUUAUUCACAUUUUCGCCCCAGAGAUCAUCAAGACCGACGUGCAGAACUUCCGGGAGCUCGUGCAAAGGCUCACCGGAAAGCCGCCGGAGAAGAAGAAGAAACCCGCCGGAGCUCUAAAACGGCUCACCGCGGAACCGGCGAAGAGAGUGGAGCUCCGGGAAGAAGAGAUUUGUGGGGGAGGCGGAUUCUUGAGCGGUCUGCAGGGUGGGGAAUUUGAUGGUUUCUUCAUGGACGAUGACGCCGCCGGCGGCACUCUUAGCAGCCCUUUUCCGGUACUUCCUUUGGACCUUCCGGCGGAUAAUCCGGCCGGCUACCUAAUUUAAACUAAUUAAGGUUGGGAUUGGCUUCUUUUGACUUCAGCUGUGUUGAGGUUUCAGGAUCAUGAUCGUUGAUUGCUUCUUAUGAUGACUCAGUGUAAUUAUAUUCUUAGCUGUUUUUCUUGAAUGUUAAUUUGUUAAUUAACUUUUAGGGUUUAAUUUAGGUAAUUAUAUCUAGUAUUAACACCAGAUCUAAUUAAGCCUAUUAUUAUAUUAUUGUUAUUUUUGUGUGUAGUAGUAGUUGUUAAUAUAUUACGGAGUAUUAUUAUUACUAAUGCUAUUAGUGAAACUAUUACAUAGUACGGAGUAUUAUUUAUUUGC